CCCGGUUCGAGUCGGCUGUUCUCUGCCCCAUCUCUAGCAGCGUAACCACACCACAAAUCUUCUUUACUCGUUCUCCGACCGGAAAUGCUACAGCCGAGCUCGCUCCUCUCCCACCCCGGCUUCCUUCCCAUCGCCGUCGCCCCUCCCACCUUCUCUUCCCGUUCUUCAUGCUUCUCUUUUCCUCUUCCAUCUCUCUUCUCCGCCAUCAAGCCCUUUCCUCUCGCCGCCGCUUCCAACUCCUCCUCCUCCUCCUCCUCCUCCUCUUUCCCCACCUUCUUCCCCUACACCUAUCAGAACCACCGAGAACAGCAGGAAGAGCCCGAAAUUCCAUCUCAUCAAGAGGAGGACUCUGCCAUCGGUGACUGUCUCGUCUUCGAGGAUGGCGCCUUCGAGGACGGCGACCCCUAUGACCCUCCCUCCCCAGCCCCCCGACCCGAGAUGAAGAUCAGGCGGAGAAAGUCCGCGGCGGCUUCCGAGGUUGAACCCGAGAGUUUGGUGCCGGAGAAAUGGAAGGAGGCGGUGGAAGAGAUCAACUUGACGAAGAAGGAGAAGCGGAGGAUCUCGCACGAGUUGAGGUUCGCGAGCCGGAUGGAUCGGCGGAAGAAAUCGCCCGUUCCGGACAGGGAGGAGUACCGGGCGCAACGCGAGAUGAUGCUCGCCCGACUAAAGCCCGUGGUGCUCGAUGAUCCGCCUAAAUUCCUGACGGAUAAGGAGGCGGAGGCUGCGGAGCCGCCCAAAUUGGAAGCGCCACCUGGAACAAGGGCAACUCCGAGGAACCCUUGGUUGGCGUUGAAGGGGGAAACAUUGGAGGACAUCACGGAUUUAUUCAACAGCGGAAAGUAUGUGCCACCGAAUGAGAACGACGAUAAGAAACCCAAAGGUCGCCAGAAGUUGUUCACAACUGAUGAAAAGAUUCUUUUGAAUAAACGCAUACCUAAUUUGGGAGAAGCCACUUCAGGUAAAUGGCUUCCGCUACAUAGUCUUGCUGCAUCAGGAGAGUUUUUUCUGCUGGAUAAAUUACUCAAACACAAUGUUGACAUCAAUGGUGUUGAUAAGGAUGGUUUAUCGGCAAUACACAAAGCCAUUCUUUGUAAGAAGCAAGCAAUUGUUAACUACCUCCUGCGAAAUUCAGCAAAUCCUUUCAUUCGUGAUAAUGAUGGGGCUACCCUACUCCAUUAUGCUGUCCUGACAGCGUCAAGUGAGACCAUAAAGAUUCUUCAGUUGUAUAAUGUUGACAUAAACCUUGCAGAUGAUGAUGGCUGGACGCCCUUGCAUCUUGCUGUGCAGACACAAAGAACAGAUAUAGUGAGGCUAUUGCUUAUCAAAGGAGCUGACAGGACCCUCAAAAAUCGAGAUGGAUUGACGCCGCUAGAUCUUUGCCUUUAUUCUGGUCACGGCAUAAGAACUUACGAGCUAAUAAGAUUACUGAAGCAGCUGCCUGUAUCGAAAUGAUCUCCCUGAGUUCUCUUACUCUUGAGAAAGCAGAAAACGCUUUGUGACAAUUACUGCCCCAAUUUCUUUGUAUCCAGGAACACCAGAUGCUUCUUUGACUACCAUAAGGUGGUUUUUGCAGAUCAUUUAGAAGGGAACUCUCUUGAGAAGUGAUAGCUCCUCUUGCUCUACUAAGGGUAUCCUUCCCAUGGAGGUCAGGAUGACUAAGAGAACCAAUCUUGAACUUAAUGGUCUUGUACAACUAUAUAUUAUCAUCUUUUAAUACUAUUUUAACCUUAGACAAAAGAGAUUUCAACAGAAUUGAUCAAACUUUAUAAUAUUUUUCGAUGAACCUCAAAGAAAUUAAGACGAUACUGUAUAA